GCAGCCAGACGCUUUGACACCUCAGCCUAUCUCUGAUACCGUUGAUACCUCGAUGGCCAUGGAGAAGGAUGAACGCUUUGGUGCGACUUGCAGAGCUUCGAGGAAGCCUGGAGGAAGGUGUUUAUUACACAGAGGUCAUGGUGGGAUCUCCAAGGCCACAAAAUGCGUCCUUGAUUGUCGACACGGCAAGCUGGAUCACAGAGAUGACGUGUGCAGGUUGCAAAGUUUGCGGCAAACACAUCAAUCCACAGUUCGACAUUGCCAGGAGCCGAACUGCUUCAUUGUUGUCGUGCAGGUCAGUCUGUCCAGGUCUAUGCCACAAGGACAAAUGCACUUUCAAAGAGAAGUACCUUGAGGGGUCUUCAUUGGAAGGGCUGUGGUUUCAGGAUCAGCUCCGGUUUGAUCCUGGGAGUCCAGAUGGAGGAGGCAAGGGCAAGGGUAUUUUUGCAACCUUUGGGUGCAGUUUCAAGGAGACGGGCCUGUUUGCUUCCCAACGACAAAAUGGCAUCCUUGGACUUGCACCUGGCUCUGAAGCCAAACCAACCUUGGUUUAUCACAUUUUCAAGAAGGCCGAACGCAACAGCCACGUGUUCACUCUAUGCUUGAGACGCAGAGGUGGUUACCUGACCUUCGGGCAGAAGCGCUCGCAUGGACAUGCCAAGGUCCCAUUAGCCAUCAGUUCGCACGGCAAGUACAGCAUCCAGGUGCAGGGCAUGAAGGUCAAUGGGAAAACGCUGCAAGUCAGGUUGGGUAAAGCUCAGCUGGAUUCUGCAUCCACACUAACAUACCUUCCUCCCCACGCCGAGAAAGUGCUUCGGAGAGCCAUCGAGGAGCACUGCGGGCCGAGUCACUGCGGGCAUCCACCAAGUUCAGGAGGUGACGAGGUCAGCAGAAGCUGCUGGCGUCAAGGCAAGAAAAGCCUCAGCAUGCACCGCUUUCCAGUUCUGUCUUGGAUCUUACAAGGCAUGGAGGUGCAGUGGAUGCCGAGCCAAUAUCUUCUAAGACACGAAAACAAUCAGAGGCUUUGUUAUACCUUCCGGCCCACAGAAGUAUUGCCUGACGGUUCACAAGUUGUACUGGGAGCUUCAUGGAUGAUCAACCAGGAGCUCCUAUUCGACAUUGGUAGCAAGCGCCUUGGGUUGUGGAACUCAACCUGCCAGAGUCCCGCUCUUACUCAGCCCACACCACUUCAAAACUUGCGGGGGCGUGCAGGAAAGUGGCCUUCUCCUACGCCCAAAUCGUUUCCUUCCAUCCUGCCAAACAACAGGACGCAAAUCAUGCCUUUCUCUGGGACAUCACCGAAGCUUGCAGGUAUAUUAGGCUCUGACAAUGCAAUGGCAGUUUUGCUGCUACCAAAGACUGAGAUGGGGACAGUCUGGCUUGCAUCAGGACUGGUACUCGCUGGAACAUGUGCCAGUCUUUGCGCUUUCGGAAGGCGUGCUCUGUGGAGAUUUUUGCGAGACCUUUGCAAGCCCUGGAGAAGAUGAGCAACAGCAGAGCAGAUCUCGGCAGAUGAGAGCAGAGUAGCAACAGCAGCACAACGUCACAAUUCCUUCAUGUGACUGCCUGGUCUUGAUGACGUGCCAGGCAGAACAUACCCCAUGAUGGUCAAGACGGUUUUGUGAGCGCAGCAGAUAGCCAUUGAGAACCAUUUGCCAUGUGUCUAUUUGGGUGGCGGCGCAUAUUUGCCACUGCAAGACGAGGUGUUUCCAGGUUGCAUCCACUUGUGCGACCAACAUUGAUUAGCAUUAUGGACACAGAGCAGCGAGAAAGUGGAGGAACCAGUUUGGCUCAUAAUCUGGGACGUUGCUGAUUGUGAGUGGGCUGGACGUCUGUGAAGCUUGAAGGUGCAGGAGCUGCCGCGAUUGCCUGGGACUGUAUUGGAUUGUCAACGGCCUUUCCGGAUCCCAACUUCCAAUUGGGUGCACAUGUCAGACAUGUUUUGAAUAGGUGAUUUUGCUCAGAUCUUGCAAGUCCUGAAGAAGAUGAGCAUAUGCAGCCUUCGCAGCAAAAGAUCUCAGCUGAUGACAGCAGAGCCACAGAGCACAAAUCUAUACACAAUUUGGAUGUCGGAUGCUCCAUACUCAUUGCGUCUCAUGGAUUGGUGACAGGAUCAGUAAGAACUAGUAUAAUCCUUAGUUGAGUUGGCAAGAGCAUAAUAAAGAUCCUGUCCUGGAUUGACUAUCAAUCUUUGUCAUUCCCAAGAUACUUCAACAGUUGUGCAUUUGAAGAUUCUACCAGAGGACCGUCAUGGAGAACGUCGCUACUUUUGGCUCCAAACUUGCACAAUGGAGAACGGCGGUGCGCCAUGCCGCCGGGGUGGCCUGAC